UCUCAAACGAAUCGGACGCGAAAUGCGAAAAUCGGAGGGAAAUUCGGCCCCAGUGCUCCGAGUGAAUUUUGGAUAGUAUUUCAUUCGCUUUCGGACUAAAUAAUCGGGGCAACCGCACGCGAUUGUGUCAGUUCGCCUUACCGAAUGCUCAAGUGAAAUCCGGAAUUUUUAUGAUAUCGCCAGUGGAAGUAAAUCAUUUUGAAAGUGCACCGAAGUCUUAAAAAGUGGAAUAAUAACUAAAAGGAUAAAACUAUAAUUAUCUUAAAAGUUUCUUCAAAUAUAGUUAUGAAAAAUAAAUUUUUCGAAAUCGAUAUUAAUUAAAUAGUAAUAAUGAAAUUGUGCUUGUCGAACCAUUUAAAAUACUGCAAAUAUAAUUGCUUACAACCAGAAAGCGGAGCAACAGCUUUAAUGACGACAAUUUAAACUUUACAUAUACGUGUCUCUGCAAUAAGCAGAGAUCGAAAAAGAAGCAAACCAAUAACUCUAAGAGUUCAAAACUGCAACAAAAAUACUGUUUUUUAGCAGUCAAGCUGCACACAUUGCUUGUACUCCGGGGAGUCGACGUCGUACGCACGUAAUGAUGAUGACGACGACAUGGAGGUCCUGGCGACAGGAAUCGGAAGUAGAGCAUCGUAAACAACGAAGGCAAACUGUCGGCGCAAACAUAUCAGCGGCUUACGACGAUAACAGUGAUAAUGACGAUGGCCACCACGGGCUGGCGCAUAAUCAAAACAAUGUCGGCCAAAACAGCUCUGCGAGUUUUAGCACUUCCGCCGUCGGACAGCCGGAGCCGCAACUCCCGCCCGCCGGACCCCACCUCUCCGGCUGGGCAGUGCUGCUCCUCCUCCUUGCGGCUUCCGCCCCUUUGUCCUCCGCCAACUUCUCCACCAGCACCACCACCACCAUCACCACCAUCACCACAUCUACCAGCAAUCUGUCCGUCAACGGCAGCGGCACAGAUUACGUCCUGCUCCCCGGCGGGCCCACCACCCCGUCGGUUCCUGCGCAGGCCACCGGGAAUGCGGGGGUCGGGGGUGGGGAGUACGAGGACGAGGAGGAUGCGGAGAAGGCCAGCGAGUACAUCUUCGAUCGCACCGAUGUGCGCAUAAUAUUCAUCACCCUUUACACGCUGGUGUUCUGCUGCUGUUUCUUUGGUAAUUUACUUGUUAUUUUAGUGGUCACACUGUCGCGACGACUUCGAUCAAUCACAAACUUUUUUCUGGCGAAUUUGGCGUUUGCAGACUUCUGCGUCGGACUUUUCUGUGUGAUGCAGAACCUAUCCAUUUAUCUUAUAGAAAGCUGGGUCUUUGGCGAGUUCCUGUGUCGCAUGUACCAGUUUGUACAUUCGCUGAGCUACACGGCAUCGAUUUUCAUUUUGGUUGUCAUCUGCAUGGAGCGUUACUUCGCCAUCGUGCAUCCCAUAACCUGCAAACAGAUAUUAACUGCAGCUCGCCUGAGGAUGGUCAUUGUCACCGUUUGGAUUACAUCGGCUGUUUACUCGACGCCCAAGUUUGUUUUUAGCAAGACCAUUAAAAAUAUUCACACCCAGGACGGCCAGGAGGAGGAGAUUUGUGUGCUGGACCGCGAGAUGUUCAACUCCAAGUUGCUGGACAUGAUCAACUUCAUUCUGCUCUAUGUGAUGCCGCUACUGGUAAUGACGGUGCUGUACAGCAAAAUCGCCAUCGCUCUGUGGCGCAGUUCGCGCGGGCUGACACCGCAUGUGGCGCAGCAUCAGCAGCAGAAUCCGCAGCACGCGUCCUGCCAGGAGAGCGGGAUGGGGCUGCACAACAGCAUGUACCACCACCACCACCACCAGCACCACCAGAUGCAGCCGCUCCAGCACCACCAGCUGACCUCGGCGGCGUCGGUGGGCCAGGGGGCGCAGGCGGGAGGGGGUGGCCAGGCGGGGGCUGGUUCCUCGCUCGCCUCCGGCGGCAGCAGCACCACCUCCUUGACCCGCAAGCAGAGCAGCAAGUACGAGAAGCGCGGCGUCAGCAUCACGGAGAGUCAGCUUGAUAAUUGCAAGGUGUCCCUGGAGGCCGAUCGUCCCAUUGUGAGCGCCUGCCGCAAGACGAGCUUCUACCACCACUCCCACUCGCACCACCAGCGCUCGGGCACCGCCUCGGGGGGCGGAGGAGGCGGUGUCAGGGGCGGGGCCGGAGCCAGCCACAUGUCCCACUCGUCCAGCAACGUCCUUCGCGCCCGGCGCGGCGUCGUUCGCAUGCUGAUAAUAUUCGUGCUGACAUUCGCCCUCUGCAACCUGCCGUAUCACGCCCGCAAAAUGUGGCAGUACUGGUCACGUUCGUAUCGCGGUGAUUCCAAUUUUAAUGCGCUACUAACGCCGCUCACCUUUCUGGUCACGUAUUUCAAUUCGGGCGUGAAUCCCCUCCUCUACGCCUUCCUCAGCCGCAAUUUCCGCAAGGGCAUGAAGGAGCUGCUGCUCUGCUCCUGGAAGAAGGGCAAGGGCAAGUCCUCCUCCAACUCCUCGAUGCACCACAAGCGCAAGGCGCUGCAGACCCACUCGCUGCCCACGGACACCACGCACAUUGGCAACGAGCAGCUAUGAUGGCCAACUGGCUGGCGGAGGCCCCUCAAGCUCUUCGGGCGGCGCUCCUAGGACCCAGCCCCCCCGGGGAGGCACCCCCUCCUGGUCCCUCCUGGUGCCUCCUAGUCGCUGCUAGCAUUGUCUCAUUGUGAUUUCGGAGGACCUGCCGCCGGAUCGAGCGAGCGGAUCUGCCUCCUGGCCGGUGCACCGGUGCCGAGUUGUAUUGAUAGACUAAGCCUACCUUAAGCGAAUACCAAGCUAUGUCAAGUUCUUAGCCUAAGAGUUAGUUUUAAGUGUAACUCAGUAUGAGCGAAUAAAGCAAAAGCAGAUAUCAUUAGCGAA